AAACGAGGUCGUUUUGAUUCGCGGUUGGUCUUUCUCUCUCUCUAAAGCAGAAAAUUCGUAGAAUCGGAGAGAUUUGAGAAGAGAACGAAGGAAGAAGAAGAAGAGGAACGAUGGGGUACGUGUUUAGAGUACGAUUGGCUUCUUUCUUCGCCGGAGCUGCGACUGCGUCUUUUAUCGGACUCUCCGUUCUCUACAAGGAUUACAAAGUCGCUCACGAAUCGAUUUCUCAGCAGGCGAAGUCUUUUCAUGACUCUCUGGAUAGAAGGAUCUCUACUCUUGAAAGCUUGAGACAAAGUGAAGCUCCUCAGCUUGCUGAGACAACUGAAUAGUAAUCUGUCUCGACAUUGAACACUCUCUGCUUGGCAAUGAUGUUUUGAGUUGAGAUGCUCUUUUUUCGGUUUUAUGAAUAACUUGGAAGUUCUUGUAUGACUCUACUGUUAUAAAACAAUGAAGUUUAAGGUAGUCGACAAUGGAUUGAAACUUGCUGUAACACUUGCCAUGAACUUGUGUUCGAUCAAUUAUUUUGGAUCUAACAUUAGUAGAAUCUUGUUCUUCAGAAAGAUGAACUUUUGUCUAGACCAUCUUCAAAGCUAGGGAUCUAGAUACAUCUUUCUGAACAGAAGAUGCAACAGUUAUGGUGAAG